UAUAUAUUAUUUUAUUAAAAGAAAACGAAAAAGGAAAAAGAAGUCGUCGCGUUCUCUUUUUCCUUGAUAAAUUUGAUUGGGUUCUAGGGUUCCUCCCUCUCUUUUACUGUCUAAUUAUUUAUACUUGGUAGUAGCUUAGAAAAAUAAUAGGGAGUCAAGAGGUUGGAGGUUCGUUUGUUAAACAGAGUGCUGGGGAUUUCAAAUGCCGGAGGAGGACUUAAUUGAACUCAAAUUUCGGUUGUAUGAUGGAUCAGAUAUUGGUCCUUUUCAAUACGCACCCACUUCCACCAUAGCUAUCCUCAAAGAGAGGAUUGUCGCCGACUGGCCCAAAGAUAAAAAAGUUGCACCUAAGGUGGCAAAUGAUGUAAAAUUGAUAUGUGCUGGUAAAAUUUUGGAAAACAGCAGGACUGUUGGUCAAUGCAAGACACCUUUUGGUGAGCUACCAAAUGGAAUAAUUACCAUGCAUGCUGUUGUACAACCAUCUUUAGCUAAAGCAAAGUCAGAAAAGAAGAUUGACGAGAACCAAAAUCAAAGCAUCUGUUCGUGCUCCAUAUUGUGAGAUUGCAAGUGAUUCAGUUUGAUCUUGUGGUAUCCUUGGGUUACCUGCUCUGUGAAGUUAAGUCUGGACUCUGGAGCAAUAAUUUGUAUGAUACCUCAUUAUUACAUGUUUGUUGAAAAGCAUUUGUAACUAUUGCAUGCUCGUAUAAUCACGUUUGUUGUAUAAAGUUUGUAUCUUUAUACUUGUAGUCACAGAUUUCUCAUAUAAAAAUUACAGAGAAGGCUGGAGAUAUGCAGAAGGAUAUUUAGCUGUAACUAUUUUUUUUAUAAUAUACUAAUCCGUUUACUCUGGUCAUCACAUGUGUAUGUACUUGGACCAUCUUGUGAAGAAGAUGUAUGAUUAAAUAUAUAUUUAUGGAUU